UGCACUUAUGGUGAAGAUCAUUUGCAUCGAGCUCAACAGAACCUGCUGAAGCCUGAAGGUCUUGUCGCUGAAGAGUCUGCGAACGAACGGAUCAGCUGGGAAAUCCAGGUACUGUUUCUUGGAAGGUUAAACAACAUGUCCGACGCUCAAGACUUAGACACUCAAGGGGCCAGCUCUUCCACUGCACAAGCUCCAGUCGCGGAGCAGCUAGCGCCGACAGCGCCCGUGCCGUUGCAGUUGGUCUACUGCCAAGUAUGCACCUUCCCGCCUGAGUACUGUGAAUUUGGCUCGUCGGUGUCCAAGUGCCGGACAUGGCUCGAGAAGGCGCACCCGGAAAUGUACGCGAAGGUCUGGUCCGAUGAAGCGAUCACCGCCAACCUGGCCAACAUGACCGCGAAGCAGGCAGAUGACCUGGAGAAGGAAGCGGCCAAGAAGGAACGUAAGGCCGAGGCAAAAGCAGAGAAGGAGAAGGCACAGAAAUCGGCCUUGAAGAUCAUCCUCACGCGAGCGGCCAGGACCAAGCGAAAGGCCACGACGUCGGUCGGAGGCCUGCACCACUUCAUCCCUCCGCUGCCAGCGAUGAAAGUCGUUUCAAAAGGGCUAGCUUCCCGUCUUGCAACUGGCGCCUCAGUGUCGAAAUCCACAAGCAACCCAAACGUGGACGAGAUUGUGAUCCAGGGCGAUGUAGCGGACGAAAUCAAGGCCAUGAUCGUUGCACGGCAGAAACCCUUCAACGACCUACCGCCCGAAAGUGCAGGAGGGCCGAGCGAGAAGAACAUUAUCAUCGAGGAAGAAAAGUCGGUAAAGAAAUUGAAGGGGGAUGCACCUGCGGCUGGGGCGGAGGCUACAUGAAUCUUGAAUCAUUGUUUGCCAGCACAGCAUUGGGAGCGGCACAAAUACGCUCCUGUUGAUGGCAGCCAUCUGCACAACGCUUGGUGUACGGAUACGAAUCACGGUGUCAAAGAAAAUACACAAUAUCAUAUAUCAAAG